GACAGUGUCGCAAAUCUCUCCGGACUCGCUCGCUGGCAGCUGUAGUGCUCCAUGGAAACGAGCUCGCGGCUGGAGUUUUGUUUACGGUCUUGGGGGGCCAACAGUCACGGACAGCUGGGACAGGGACAUGUGGAGGACCAGCCUCAGCCCCGGCUCUCUGACACCGCGGCUCUCCAGGACCGGGCGGUCCGGUCUGUGUGCGGAGGCGGCGGUCACUCCGUGUUCGUCACCGAAAAUGGAGAAGUGUUUGUGUGUGGACAGAAUCACAGAGGUCAGCUGGGACUCGGUCAUCACGCAAACAUCACGACUCUUCAGCUUUGUCCCAGCCUGAAUCAAACGGUCACAAAUGUAGCUUGUGGGUGGGAUUUUACUCUUCUUCUCACCGGAUGUGGUCAGGUAUUGGCCUGUGGCUCCAAUGCAUUUGGACAACUGGGUGUUGGACCGAAAGUCACGCACUCUGCAGAUUUACUGAUUGUUAAGUGUCUGAAGGAGCCAGUGGUGAUUAUAGCAGCAGGACUUAGACACUCCCUUGCUGUUACUAGCUCAGGUGAUGUGUAUCAAUGGGGAGCUGGCCUUUUCAGUCACGCUAAGAGAGCGCUCAGUCCGCACCCUGUCCCAUCACACCUCUGCUCUCAGCUGCCCUGUCUGGUACCAGGUCUGGAUCAGAAAAAAUCACACCUGGUAGCUGCAGGUUCAGCGCACUGUGUGUGCCUCACAGAAGACGGUGAUUUGUUUCUGUGGGGAAGCAACAAGCACGGCCAGCUGACCACCUCAGAGCCCUUCCUGUCCUCUCCAACUCCUCUGAAGCGCUCGCUGAUGGAUGGAGAGAAAGUAAUGAGUGUGUGGAGCGGCUGGACUCACAUUGUCGCUCAAACAGAGAGUGGAAGGGUGUUCACGUGGGGCAGAGGAGAUUAUGGACAGCUGGGCCGACAAGCAUCAACCACUCAGAACGCAGAGCAGCAGUCAGCUGGUCCUUCAACUGGAAGUGAAAACAUCGAGGUUUGCCUCCCUACAGAGGUUAAAGUCCUGAGGGGAGCAACACAGAUUGCAUGCGGAUCUGAACAUAACCUCGCCAUUGUCGGGGGGUGUCUCCUUUCCUGGGGCUGGAACGAACACGGAAUGUGCGGCGACGGCUCACAGACAGACGUCUCUAAGCCUCAGCUCAUAUCUGGUCUCCAACCUCUUCUCAUCGGCUGCGGAGCUGGACACUCAAUGGCAGUGUGCACCGCCAUGACUGGCUCGAGAUACAACUCUGCACCAACUCCAUCAGGGACAGUCAUGCGGUGUGACAAUCACAGAGAAGAAAAACAGAGGGGCUUUGUGAAAUGACACAAUGACAUUUCUGACUGAUUCAGUGAUGUAUUGGUGCUUUGCAGAGCCCUAAAAAGUUAAUUAACCUCCACCUUUCAAAAGCCACCUGAGCAGGUCAUACUUUAAAAUGUCGUCAUUAACACCUUCAUGUGGUCGUAUGUGGGCUGGAGUAUGUUUCAUGUGGACAGAGGCCAUCAUUUCUCUGACCAACCUGUCACUUUGAUGGACAUGACUGGGACAGCUCUGCAGGACAUGGGCGUGUCUGUGGCUCCCAGUCCUCCUGCUGUUAAGAAUCAUGUGAGGAAUGGGCUACAAUGGUGCUAUACCUCCAUCUUCCCAUGUCAGUGGGUUUAUUGCUGUCAUCUUGAGUGUCAGGAGGUCAUCAAUCUGCAGUUUAUAGUGGAUAUCACGAUUUACCGCUCAUACGUGGGUUCUUUUUUUAUUUUCCAAAUGUCCAUCAUUCAUUUAUUAUUUUACCAGUUAUGAUUGUCUUAUUUGCACCACUACUAUCCUUAAUUCAUCCCUCCUGGGAGAAACAUGUCCGCUGCAUUUAACCCAACCUACAUAUUUAUAAGCUGUGAGCGACCGCAAUGCAGCACCUGUGGAACAGCUGCAGGUCCUAAGCCGGUGCCUCCUUCAAGGGCAGUAGCACUCAAUAUGGCUCAGGGAUGAUAUGUUAACAUUAUCUUUACUUUCGAAUUUUAAAGGUUUCACUUUAGAAUGAUCGUUUGUGAAAUUAAAUGUGGAGACCAUCGAUUUCACUCGAAUUAUGCAUUAAUGAAAAUUAAGUAUAGCUGAAAUAAAAAAAAAAUCAACACUC